UAGACACCAACAUAACACAACAGCUCUAUAGCCAUUCCUCUGUCGCACUCACGACUCCGACAGCAAUCAUGGACAAGUUUCAAGCUUUCGGCAAGAACAUCUCGGCGUCGUUCACGCCAUGGGCUGGAAGGACGCAACAAUACCUGAAGGAACAGAUGGGUCAAUCAGAAGAUAAGACGCAGCUCCCCCCGGAUUACAUCGAUCUUGAAAAGAGAGUUGAUGCUCUCAAGGCAGUCCACCAGAAGAUGCUUGCUGUGACCUCCCAAUAUACUCAUGAAGCAUAUGACUACCCAACGAAUCUCCGGGAAUCCUUCAAUGACCUUGGACGCACUGUCUCCGAGAAGGUCAACCUCCUCUCCAAUGCCACUUCACCCGCUGAGGCCCAAGCCGCUUUGACAGCCCCUCCCUCCGCAAAGCCUCAGCCAAAGACGUUCUCGCAUGCCCUCGCUCGCGCAUCUCUCAACAGCUCCACAGUUCUUGCGGCCGAUCACAGUGGUGCUGGCGAAGACCCUCUUGGUACGGCACUUGAGAAGUACGCUGUUGCAUCCGAGAAGGUCGGUGAGGCACGCCUCGCACAAGAUGCUCAGAUACAGAGCCGAUUCUUGGCCGGCUGGAGCACCACCUUGAACACAAACCUGAUGUUUGCGCAACGCGCAAGGAAAAGCGUCGAGAAUGCGCGACUGAAUCUUGAUGCUGUCAAGGCACGGGCCAAAGGUGUAGGCUUCGCUCUGCCAGGCCAGAAGAAGGAGGAUCAUUUGGAUGAAUCGCAGCUGAGCGACGAGGCGCGGGCACAGAUUGAGCAAGCCGAGGAUGAAUUUGUUGCUCAGACUGAGGAGGCUGUGGGUGUCAUGAAGAACGUCCUAGACACCCCCGAGCCACUCCGCAACCUCGCAGAUCUCAUCGCUGCUCAGCUCGAGUACCACAAGAAGGCCUACGAGAUACUCUCUGAACUGGCACCCGUCGUGGACCAGCUGCAAGUCGAGCAGGAGGUUGGUCCUACCGCAAGAGCCGUGAAGGGGCAUGAACAACUCCAUCGCCCAGCGUCCACUCAUACAUACGAUGAAUCAGCACGGCUCGGAGCCCAGUACUCAGGUCCGUUUCCGAUUUGCCCUCCAGCGGUCGGAGUGCUCCGAGACGCAGGCCUAGGAUCAGGAUUGCCCUUUCAUUUCCGUCCUGUGGCGGCUGACCCCAGGCUUUUCAUUUCUCUAUACUAUCCCUUCCUCUCUACUGUUGGGCUUACUGAUUGAUUGAUUGAUUGAUUGAUCGACUAAGUGCACCUGCGUCUAUUGUUUCCUGCUUGUCAUCAUGAACUACUUAGUCCAUGCCUCGCCCCCUUGUCCUGU